GCUUUGGUCACAGCGUGUGUCAUAAGACAUAAUCAACACUGCGAUGGAUUAGCGGCCGCUAAUCCCCACUGGGAUGACGAUAAGCUUUAUCACGAGGCCAGAGCCGACGGUCUGUACAGUGAAUACAAUGCGGACGUGAAUCCGGAUGUAAUGCAGGAGUUCGGAGCCGCGGCUUUCAGACACAGUCACGCAAACAUUAACAGUCAGUUUCCUAUACUCGAGACGAGUUGUCUAAACAUAUCGCAAAUGAAAUUGAGAUACAGUUUCAAUAAAGUGACCGAAAUAUGGGACGGAAAGACAAACUCGUUAUUGAAAGGCAUGUGUGAAGACAGUAUGCGGUCCACUGGCCUGUGCUAUGAGCCCGACGUUAAGGACUACUUCGCAUUCAAUGUCGUAAAACCACGAGUUAUUGAUCUGUUUGUUAUAGACAUCGGGAGGGCUCGAGACCACGGCAUCGCUCCAUAUGUUUAUUACAUACACUAUUGCUAUGGGAAACACAUUAAUCAAUGGCAGGAUUUGUAUCCAUAUAUAUCGCACGAAAAUAUCGCCAAAUUAAAAGCUAUUUACAAGAGUUUUACAGAUAUUGAGCUAAUGGUCGGCGGUUUGGCUGAACAGCAUAUGAAGGGCUCGACUCUCGGCCCGACGUUUGCCUGUUUAGUAAGCAUUCAGUUUUAUCACUUGAAAUUUGGUGAUAGAUUGUAUUUUGAGCACCAAAAUCAACCUAGUUCAUUCAAUCGGGCCCAGUUAAUGAAUAUCAAGUCCACGGCAUCGAUGGCUAACUUCUUGUGCAAAACCACUGAUUUCGAGUCAAUACAGUUGUACCCAUUUCUGGUCCCCUCAGCAGCCAAUCCGCGAAUAGAUUGCAAACAAUUCAAUGAAUUUAAUUACAAUUUAUUUCGUGAAUAA